AUGUAUCAUCACCUACUAAAACCCACUCUCGUCCGAUGCUCGACUCGCCCAUCCUCCUCGGGCGGCGCCUAUUCUCGAUUUCCCAUCGACGAAAAAUGGGCGGCGAUGGCGAAGAAGGCGAUGAAAGGGCGUGAAGCGGACACAUUGAUGUGGAAUACUCCAGAAGGAAUUGCAAUCAAACCACUCUAUUUGAGAAACGACAGAGAUUGUGAUGCACACAGAAAUGUCGAGCUUCCCGGACAAUUCCCGUUCACCAGGGGACCGUAUCCGACUAUGUAUACUCAGAGACCAUGGACUAUUCGUCAAUAUGCCGGAUUUUCCACUGUAGAGGAGUCGAAUAAAUUCUAUAAAGAGAAUAUUAAAGCAGGACAACAGGGAUUAUCGGUUGCAUUCGAUUUGGCAACUCACAGAGGAUACGAUUCCGACAACCCGCGUGUAUUCGGAGACGUCGGAAUGGCUGGAGUCGCCGUGGACUCGGUAGAAGACAUGCGUCAGCUAUUCGACGGUAUCAAUCUCGAAAAAAUGUCAGUGUCAAUGACAAUGAAUGGUGCUGUCAUCCCAGUUCUUGCCAUGUACGUCGUCGCCGCCGAGGAAGCCGGAGUCAAUCGAAAACUUCUCGCCGGAACCAUCCAAAACGAUAUUCUCAAAGAGUUCAUGGUUCGUAACACCUACAUUUACCCACCGGAGCCAUCGAUGCGUAUCAUUGGAGAUAUCUUCGCGUACACCUCUCGUGAAAUGCCAAAGUUCAACUCUAUCUCGAUUUCCGGAUACCAUAUGCAAGAGGCCGGUGCUGACGCGGUUCUCGAGAUGGCUUUCACAAUUGCCGAUGGAAUUCAGUACUGUGAGACUGGAAUCAACGCUGGGUUGACUAUCGAUGCAUUCGCUCCGAGACUUAGUUUCUUCUGGGGAAUCUCCAUGAAUUUCUAUAUGGAAAUUGCAAAGAUGCGUGCCGCCCGUCGUCUCUGGGCUAAUUUGAUCAAGGAGCGAUUCCAUCCAAAGAGUGAUAAGAGUAUGAUGUUGAGAACUCAUUCACAGACUUCUGGAUGGUCAUUGACUGAGCAGGAUCCAUACAACAACAUUAUCCGUACAACAAUCGAAGCGAUGGCAUCAGUGUUCGGCGGUACCCAAUCACUUCACACCAACUCAUUCGACGAGGCUCUCGGUCUCCCAACCAAAUUCUCCGCGAGAAUCGCCCGUAACACUCAAAUCAUCAUCCAAGAGGAGUCAGGAAUCUGCAAAGUCGCCGAUCCAUGGGGUGGAUCGUAUAUGAUGGAAUCAUUGACUGAUGAGAUUUACGAGAAGGCGAUGACAGUCAUCAAGGAAAUCGACGAGUUGGGAGGAAUGGCCAAGGCUGUCGCUUCUGGAAUGACUAAACUGAAAAUCGAGGAGGCCGCUGCGAAGAAACAAGCGAGAAUCGAUGCUGGAAAGGAUAUUAUCGUUGGAGUCAACAAAUAUCGAUUGGAUGAAGAGCAGAGAGUUGAUGUGUUGAAGAUUGAUAAUGCUAGAGUUAGAGAGGAACAAUGCGCCAAAUUGAAUCAUAUUAGAGAGACGAGAGAUGCUGCGAAGGCUAAAAAAGCAUUGGAUGACAUUACAGAGGGAGCCAAGGGAGAUGGAAAUCUCAUGGCACUCGCUGUGGAGGCCGCCCGUGCUCGUUGCACAGUCGGAGAGAUUUCAGAUGCGAUGGAGAAGGUGUUCAAUAGACACGCGGCUGUUAAUAGACUUGUUUCGGGAGCCUAUAAGUCAGAGUUCGGAGAGACUUCCGAAAUGUCACAGGUCCUCGACCGUGUCAAAUCGUUCGCCGAUCGUGACGGACGUCAGCCACGUAUUAUGGUCGCAAAAAUGGGACAAGACGGUCACGAUCGUGGAGCGAAGGUCAUCGCCACGGGAUUCGCCGAUCUCGGUUUCGACGUCGACGUCGGACCACUCUUCCAGACACCACAAGAAGCUGCUCAACAGGCUGUUGACGCUGAUGUUCACGUUAUCGGAGCAUCUAGUUUGGCUGCCGGACACUUGACACUCAUUCCACAAUUGAUUGGGGAACUGAAGAAACUUGGAAGACCAGACAUUCUCGUCGUCGCCGGAGGUGUCAUUCCACCACAAGACUACAAAGAGCUCUACGACGCCGGAGUCGCUCUCGUCUUCGGUCCAGGAACCCGUCUCCCAGCAUGCGCCAAUCAAAUUCUUGAUAAACUCGAGAAGGCUCUUCCAGAGGCUCCAGGAAAGGCGGCCGCUCGUUAA